UCAUUAUCAAAUACGAGUCAGUACUGAUAAGACUGUGAUAAAGUCGAGUAUCAUUUUAGCCAACUCUAUGCUAGUUUCGUUUAGACUUUGAUAUUUUUAAUAAUUAUUAAAAGAGACAGUGAUUAUUAAGUAUUGAAAAUGCGUGAAAUAGUACAUGUGCAAGCGGGCCAGUGCGGUAAUCAGAUUGGUUCAAAGUUCUGGGAGGUGAUAUCGGACGAACAUGGCAUAGAUCCGAAUGGUUACUACAAGGGAGUGAGCGACCUGCAAGCCGAACGCCUCAACGUGUACUACAAUGAAGCCGCUGAAGGUAAAUUUGUUCCUCGGGCUGUUCUCGUGGAUCUGGAGCCAGGGACCAUGGACUCAGUGCGUUCAGGUCCCUAUGGACAACUGUUCCGACCUGAUAACUUCGUAUUCGGACAGAGCGGCGCUGGUAACAACUGGGCCAAGGGUCACUACACAGAGGGCGCUGAGCUCGUUGAUGCUGUGUUGGAUGUUAUCCGGAAGGAGGCUGAAGGUUGCGACUGUCUGCAAGGUUUCCAAAUGACACAUUCUCUUGGCGGAGGCACUGGUUCAGGCAUGGGGACACUGUUGUUGAGCAAGAUCAGAGAGGAGUACCCUGAUCGUAUUAUGAAUACCUUCAGUGUUGUGCCAUCACCCAAGGUCAGCGAAGUUGUCCUGGAGCCGUAUAAUGCGACUCUGUCUGUGCACCAACUGGUCGAGAACACGGAUAUGUCCUAUUGCAUCGACAACGAAGCCCUUUAUAACAUUUGCUUCAGAACGUUGCGAUUGAGCAGCCCAAGUUACGGCGAUCUGAAUCAUUUGAUAUCAAUGACAAUGUCCGGUGUCACGACUUGCCUGCGUUUCCCUGGACAAUUGAAUGCUGAUCUCAGGAAGCUGGCCGUCAACAUGGUGCCCUUCCCGAGACUGCACUUUUUUAUGCCCGGCUUCGCUCCUCUGACAGCAAGAAACUCGUUCAACUACCGCCCUCAGACCGUUCCGGAGCUUAUGAGCCAAAUGUUCAACCCUGGGAACAUGAUGACGGCUUGCGACCCCCGUCACGGCCGCUACCUCACAGUGGCCACCGUGUUCAGAGGUCACAUGUCCAUGAGAGAGGUCGACGACCAAGUGUUGGCGGUCCAGAACAAGAACUCGAGCUACUUCGUGGAAUGGAUACCUAACAACCUGAAGGUGGCCGUCUGCGACGUCCCGCCGCGCGGCCUCAAGAUGUCCGCCACGUUCAUCGGCAACUCCACCGCUAUCCAGGAGAUAUUCAAACGCAUUUCAGAACAGUUCACCGCCAUGUUCCGGAGAAGAGCGUUCCUCCACUGGUACACGGGCGAGGGUAUGGACGAGAUGGAGUUCACGGAGGCGGCCAGCAACAUGGCCGACCUCAUAUCAGAGUACCAACAGUACCAGGAGGCUAACGUGGAUGAUGAAGAGGUAGGCUUCGACGAGGAAGAGGAGGAAGACGAUCAAAAUUACGACCACAAGGAGUCGGUGCACGUCCCGCUAUAGAGACGCCAUCUUGUUUUGUAUACAACUUGAAUUAUCUCCCGCAUUUAUAAACUUGGUACUUAAUUUUAAAUUUUUAAUAUCAUUAACUUGCGCGUUCAAUGUAUGUUAUAUUUUAAGGUUGUAGAUGUGAAUCGAAUGUUUUUACAAUAAAACUAUUUGUGAAAUA